AUGAAUUCCCUUCCUCCAUCCCUCCAUAUCUCCCUCUGUCGGCAGCUCACACAAUGCUCUCGGCGAAAUCUCCUUCGGCAGCAGCCUCGAUGGCUCUCUACCUCCCACACCCCCCGAGCGGCGGCAUCAACUGCUAAGACGGCCACAAGGGAAAGUGUGCGGUAUUCCACAAAGACGGCCCGUGACCAGCAUGUACAGCAUAAAAGAUCAAUGGCCAUAUCGGCCGCUGGACUAGUAGCAUGUGCAAUUGCCAUGUACGGCGCCGUGACAUAUUAUUUCCCCAGCGGACUGGACGCAGAAACAAACCCCAAUGACAAACAAGACAAGGCAAAGAAUGGCGGAGCAAUCAAACUUGAGGGGCCAGCAGGGGCUGGAAUGAAUGAAUCCUCUACCGUGAUCAUCGAUGGCAUCGAACAGGUCCCAACAGGAAACUCAACGAUACCUAAUUUCCCCAAAACCAUCCGCCUGCCCAAGACAAUUGACACCGGCAACCCAGAUGUCAGAAUCGGCGACGAGCUACCUAUCAGUGAUAACGUAAACGACAAGACGGCUGAUGAAUACCAGCUUCUCGGCCUUGGGCUUCGCACCGUUUCAUUCCUCAGCAUCCAAGUCUACGUUGUGGGACUUUAUAUAGCUACGGCAGACAUUCCCGCCCUUCAGGCACGACUUAUACAACACGGUGCCAAUCCUGUCGUACCAGGCGUGGCUCCCACUGAUGCUGGACCGGCAGCCACCUCACUCGUACCCCAUGAGCGCGAAGCACUCCAGACCUCCUUGCUAGAAGCCGAAAAGGGCGAACAGAUAAUGGACCAUAUCCUUCGACAAGGCGGUAUACGUACCGUUUUCCGAAUCGUGCCAACACGAAACACAGAUUUCCUUCAUCUGCGUGACGGAUGGGUGAGAGCUAUCACUGCACGAGCCCAAAAGGCGAAUUCACGGGUCAAACAGCUGGCCGGUGGAGAGAAGUCAGGUACUCCAGUCAACACUGAGUUUGAAGAUGACUCAUUCGGGGCCUCCCUAGCCGAGUUUAAGAAAUUGCUAGGUGGAGGGGUGCGGAAGAAUGUACCCAAGGGCCAGACGUUGCUUUUGCUUCGUGAUAAGCUUGGUGGGUUGGGGAUGGUGUAUCAGCCUGGUGAGACGAAGCCGAUGACAUGGUUGGGUAGAGUUGGAGAUGAGCGUAUCGGACGGUUGGUAUGGUUGAAUUAUCUCGCUGGAAAAACCGUGGCGAGUGAGAGUGCGAGGAAGAAUAUUAUCGAUGGUAUGAUGGGUAUCGUCGGCCGGCCUAUUGGUACGGUUGAAAUGAAGGUCGUCUGA